GGCAACAUAACCAAGCGCGCUUGGAACGAUGGGUACAUGUCUGCGUCCGUGUUCGGUUUGAUCCUGGAGUCGAGAGUAACCUUUGGAAGGUUUUGUUUUUGUUGAAUAUUUAAACUGAAGAUGCACCAAGGCAGUGAGAUUAAGGGUGGGGCUGGACACGCCCACAAACCAACGUCAGUCUUUGAUCUGAUGUCUCAGAACAUCAACAGGCUUCCUGCCUUCGAUCAGAAGAUCUUCAUGUAUGGACACGUGUGCUUGGCGGGGAACGCGAGCAUUGCGGGACUGGUAGCCCACUCGUUGUUCCGACGAUCCCUGAACGUCUCUCAGGCUGCGUUCACGUCCGCUCUGCCCAUGGCCGUGCUGCCUUACAUCAGUACGUACGCCUUGUACGCGGCGCUCGUGUCCGGUCCCCUGCUGUCGGAUGACCUCCAGUGUGGCGCAUGCGCGGUGACGCGCGGUGCGCUGAUCGGUUUGGUCGGAGGUGGACUGUACCCGAUCCUCCUGGCUCUGCCUGUUAACCUCGGCCUGGCGGUCAGAUACUACACGACGCCCAUGCCAGAAAAGGGCAACGUGCUCCGCUUCUGGAUGGACAUCAGCAGACCGAUUCUGAAGAAGACCAGGGCGGUUUUGGUCGUGCAGUGUUUGUUCGGCACCUUCCUGGGACACAAAAACUUUGACACCUACACCAAACUCAUCCAGCUCUCCUUCCCCUCAGAUGGAGAGGAACUCGAAGAUUAACUCCAAACAUUCAGACUCCCGUUUCUUAAUCAUCUGAUGUGUGUGACUGUUCAUUAUAAAAUUGUCAUUAUAUGAAAAA